AUCACACCUUCUGCUGCACCAGCUUUGCACAACCACAAACCAACUCCCAGACGCACGGCACAGCCAAGCAGGACAACCCCACAAAGAAGUUAAAGGAAAACUUGUGCAGAGCGAAGGAGUUUCCUUUUCUUAGCUGUAGCUGCAUGUUCCACUGAAGAAUUUGGCAGCCAGUCACAAAAAAGUAUAUUCUGGACCUAGACAGAGAGGUUGCACAAUGUCAGCUUUUGGGGCCACAGGCCUCAAAUGAGGAUGGCAAUUUCUCCUUGCAGCAGUCGGGAAUUUCACACAGUUCUUCGCUUCUGCCUGAAAUGGCCAAGCAAAAUUCCCCAUCACUAGCUGAGGUUGUGAAACGAGUUGCAAAUCAGCAGCAGUCACAGGUGUCAGAUAUAGAAAAAAGCAAAACAGUUCUUUUCCAGUUGCAGGCAAAGUAUCAGGAACUAGAAAAAGAAAUUAAUUCUAUUCUGUUGGAAACAAAGACAACAGAAAGGGAAAUACAUCUGCAAAAUGAUGCCAUAGAAGUGACAAAAUAUCAGUGUGAAAAUCUGGAGGCCCAAGUCAGAGCCCUGUAUUCUGAAAAUUUAAAAUUGAGGUGUGAUGCAGAAACAGUACAAGAGGAGUUUGAGAUGAUACUUGCAAGAAAUAAUGAAUAUCGGGAAAAAAUAAAGGAUCAUAAACAUCUGUUUUGGGAGAUGGAAAGUAAAUUGCCAGUUAUGAUUGAACUUGCUAAAAAGAAAGCAGUUGUGGAAGAAUUAAAGGCAAAAAAAGAGGAGUUAAUAUGUGAUCUCCAGAGUCCAGAAGGAUCUGUUAUGAAACAAGUGCAGGAAGAAAUCACACUGUUAAAAAGCGAAAUCACAACACUGAAAGAUUUCAUCAACAAAAAAAGAGAUCUGCUGGAAGAAGAGAAUGAAAAGCAUGCUAAGCUUCGAAAAGAAAUUGAGGUACAGAAUAAAAGAUAUGAUGCUAUUUUAAAACGUUUGCACUGCCAACUGAACAAAGUCCAUUCAAAUAAAAGACAAUGGCACUGGAACAUUCAGCAGUUGGAGAAGAAGGCCACAGAACUAAGAAAGUGUCUUGAAGUAGCAGAGUUACAAAACAUGUAACAAACUUAACAAAGCUAGAAUGCACAUAAUCUUUUACAGGCAGGGGAGUUUUUUUCUGGAAAUGCUACAAAUCUUAAAUAGCCUGAUAACCGAGUCAGGCCUUAGUGAUUUCCUUCUUUUUAAAGUUUUUCUUGCUUUCAUUUUGUGGCCUAAACUAAUAACCACAAUAAUAAGUUAGCUGUUCAGAAUAAGUGAGCUAUUCAGGAAGAAAGUUACUGACACUUCCAGGUGUUUUCAAAGUAUGUGUUAAUUUUAUCUAAAAAGUUAUUUGAAAAUCAACCAAACAAGAUUUUGGGAGUUCCUGUGUAUUUCAUUUGGUCUCUGAAGGUUGGGAUAUAUGCUGCUUUUCCUGCAGAAAAACUAAUAUUGGUAUAUAUUUGCACACUUGAGAGACCGAAGUUUUUUUUAUCUUUUAUCCACAUCCCUUUUUAUUGCAAUUUUCUAAGAAACUCUGAAAGCUUUGGCGGCCUGGAUUUUGCUCUGUGGGAAACUCAUCUAGAAAAUGUUACAGUCUGCCAGGAUGUUCUGGCAUGGGGGACAAAGGGGCCAAAGGCUGUCCAGCUGUAAAAGACUUUGGAACAAGUACACUCAGAACUGGACUUCAAAUAGUCUGACUUCAACUGGUCUAAUAGAUGUUAGCAAAGAGGAGUGAGUAGGUACCAUCUCUGGACAGCUUUUAAAGUGGAAUAACUCACCCUCAAGGAAUAGGAAUGUGUUACAGAUGAUUGAUGAUAGAGGAAUUUAUUGUCUAGAGGAUUUUAACUAAUAUCAGCCAUCUACCAUCUAAGUGAUUUAUCAUCUAAGAUGACUCAAUGUAAAUGACAACAUAUUAAAAAUUCUUGUUAAAAUAGUAGUGAACAGCAGCUAUUUUCCUUUAUUUUUUUAUUGCUUGGCACUUGAAGAAUUUACAGUACUUUCCCUACUCUUACACUUAAGGCAGUAGUUCUGCUUGGAUGUAACUUGUAAUGUUUAUCUGUUCUGUGGAAGUAGCUUUUUAUUUAAGGUCUUGUUUUAAAUUAUUUAGCAUUACCUUUACUCAUUAAUAUAAAAUGAAGACUUGACUAUUUACUGUGAAAAAUGUUAAACUGCUUAUAUAUUGUUAUUUUACAAAAGCAAAGCUUAAAGUGUAGUACUACUAUUACCUUCAAAUAUUCAUGUAUAUUUACAUUUCCCUUAAUACGUUAUUUCACUUAAUAUAAAGUUAUUUUAAACAAUAUCUUGAUUCAUUAAGGCUCUUUCUCAACAUUGUUCAUCUCUUAAGGCUUUUUUGUUCAGUGUUUUUCCUUUGCAAUAAUAUGAACCAGGCUGCUUUCAUUAAAGCAAUAAAGUAGUACUAGAAACCUCUAUAUCCUAUGCUAUAGUAAUAUUAUGUCCUGAAUAUUGAGUCUUAUUAAGUAUAUAGCACAAAACUGUGACAUUACAAUUGUUUAUCCAUACACAGAGCAAAAUAGCUGUCCUUUUUAUGCAUGUGUCUUCUAGAAAGGGUCCUGAUCUGAAAAGCUGGAGAAUUUACUGUGUUAUUGUUAGUUUCAGCAAUUAACUCUCUUCUUUUAUUUUGCAUGGUUCCUAGUUUCAGUUUAUUCAUCCUUCAAGUGAAAGGAGUAUAUCAAGUACAAUGAUAUAAGUAAAAAUACUGAUGUGCUGUCUUCUUGAUGAGUUCAAUAGUUCAAGCCUUCUAAAGCUAUUGAUUGUCAGAUCUCACCAACAGCUUUAGCUAAUGUAACCCCCAGUGGUACAACAUCCAACAUUUUCAGGGUUUUAAGAUGAUGUACCCUUAAGUAUGCCUUUUACCACUGAUAUUAUCUUGUUUUUAUUUUUAUUUUAUCAUUAUUUCUGCUCCAGAACAAUUAAUGCAUCAAAAUAUGUUUUUUGUCUUACUUCAGCUAAGUUCACUUUGACAGCUCUUACCAUGGUCUAAUAUCACAGUUUAGCCUUGCAUUUAUUACCUGCUAAAAACAACUAUAGCAAACAAUCCAAUCCUUCUAAUGUAACAACAAUAUCACACCUUUGUUUUUCUUUCUGACCAAUGAAGAUGUUCAUUAUUACUUCCCUGGGAAUUAGUGGGGUUUCUGUGUAUCAACACAUGUACAGAAUGACUCACUCAUCUCAAAUAAAUACC